AAUACACAGAAAUGUUAAGAGUGGGUGAUGUAAACGAGUACAUUUCACAUGGCUGUAGUUUUGUGUAAUAUAAAGCUGUUUUUUAAUUGAUUUGUGGGCUGCAGAACUACAGUUUAACAGUCUGAUGAAUUUUCAAACGAAUCCCCUCCCCGAUUUUGUUCAGUUACAUCAUGGAUGAACUAUCUGGCAGAGCAUGUCCGUGCUAAAACUGGGUGUUUGCCUGCAAAGUUGUGUGGAGGACAUGUAAGAUACAAAUCGAUUCAAAAUCUUGUUUAUAUUCUCCAUUUUUGACUUAGCCAAAAGAGCUGCUGGACCUCUACUUUGCAUUACAACGCCAAUCUCAUUCCUCUGGCACAGCUGUAUCAUGCAUCAGUUACUGGCUGUUUGCCUGCUGUCUCUGUUCUCUGUGCUGACUGCAGACUCGUCCAAGAAGGGACGCAACUUUACUAUCUAUUCAUCACAGCUUAGCUGCAGUUUGCCAGGCCCUAAGGGUCCUCAAGGGAGUCCAGGUGCAGCAGGUCCCAGUGGUAACGUAGGCAAGAUGGGGAUGCCAGGUGCUGAUGGCCAGGAUGGGAAGGAUGGUGACAGGGGAGAGAAAGGACACAAAGGUGAACAGGGUCGUCCUGGGAACCCUGGAAAAUAUGGACCACAAGGACGCCCAGGACUUGUUGGGAAGGCAGGACCACGAGGCCUUAAAGGGGUGCGAGGGGCACCUGGUGUGUCUGGAGUUCCUGGGAUCAAAGGAGAGAUGGGAGAUGUGGGGGAAACGGGCGCUGCUGGAAGCUGUGACUGUGGAGCAGAGGCGCGAUCAGCUUUCUCAGUAGCGGUAACCAAGAGCUAUCCCAAGGAACACACGCCCAUUCGUUUUAACCGUAUUUUAAUGAAUGAGGGUAACCAUUACAAUGUCACCAGUGGCAAGUUUAACUGUGCGAUUCCUGGUGUGUAUUACUUCACAUAUGACAUUACGUUGGCUAACAAACAUCUGGCAAUCGGGCUUGUCCAGAAUGGCCAGUACAAGAUCAAAACAUUUGAUGCCAACACAGGAAACUACGACGUGGCCUCAGGAUCAACAAUACUUAGACUGCAAAAAGGAGACCAGGUCUGGCUUCAGAUCUUUUAUUCAGAACAAAAUGGACUGUUUUUUGAUCCAUACUGGACAGACAGUCUUUUCACAGGAUUCCUCAUUUUUGCUGAUCAGGCUGCUUGAAAUGAGGUGAAGACCAAUUCUGGAUCAUCCUGAUUGAACGUUUUAUUUGUUUUGUAUACAUUUGAUAAAAAUGGCCCCCAAUAACCUGUAUUUACAAACAUUUUAUAUGAAAAUAUAAAUAAUAAAUUUGAAAUAUAAAAACUAUAUAUAUAAUACUACCGUAUAUAAAUAAUACUAAAAUAACACUGCUCAUCAGAUUCGUUAGACAAUAAAAUUUAAUAUUUUAAUUGAAUAAAUGCCUUUUACAUAAAAUCAAUCAACAGAUUUUAUUUUCCACAUGAAAUAUUUUAAUGAAGUGAAUAUGAUAACCAGUUCUGAAUCACCCUGAUUGAGCAUUCCAUUUGCUUCAUAUUACAUCAAAUAGUCCCAAUUAGCCCUGUGUUUACAGAUCCACCACAACAGUAUUAGACAAGGCAAGGAACAUGUAGAAAGGCAAGGAAGAAACAUGUAAAAAAACAAGGCAAGGAACAUGUAGAAAGAUGAACAGACUUACAAGAAAUAAACGACACUCAACACUCAAAUUUAUUCCUUAUAAAUUAUAGGAAAAUACUUUCUCACUUCAAGUAUUUUGCAACUUUUACCUCAGUCUUAGGCCCCCAAUAAUCAGGAAGACCUUUUACCCCAAGGGACUUCUAGCCACGUUGUACACUAUGUUGUUAGUCACAUAUGACUUUUGAUCUUCUACAAGAUUGUUUUGUCAAUGACCCCCUCAUUUCUAUUGUUUAUUUACUAUUCCCAUAAUCUAAUCUUGUAUUAUGGUUCAAAGGUUUAAUAGACCUUGUCUUGUUGAAACAUGCUGUUAUUGGAGAUCUGUGAAACCCUCCUUUCCAAGUAUAAUUUUGUCCAAAAAUAGCAGCCAAUCACGCUGCUGUCAUCAUCUUAUCAAUAUAGGUUAAUGUGUAAAACCACUAUUUACACAAAAGUGUAGAGUUGUUGAGCCUUUGAACUCUCAUGUGACAGGUUAUGUAAUGUUACUAUGAUUAUGCAUUAUUUGUAUCAUACAGAAAUCUUUCCCUCAUAUAACGUAUCCCACUACAAUAUCAAUACAUGUACAGUGCACACACUUUUAAAAUGUACAUAUUUUAACAGAACGACAGCAUUUCUUUAAGAUGUAAUUCUGUCUGUUCAUUCAUAGAGGUCUCUAGAG